GCUAGUGACCAUAGCUGACAGGGUUCUACCCUGUGGUCCUUAGAGAGUCUGUCAGUGCGUUUGCGGGUUGGUCUAAGUGGUGAGGAGUGGGACAUUGUCGUGCACCUAUCACCAUGGACGAUUACCUGAUGUAUAGUUUACUCGUUGGGUUCUCCCUUUGGGGGAGCCUCUGGCGUCUUCUCUUUCCCCUGGGGUUUUGGCACACGUUCACGUGUAGAGUGGAUACCAGGGGUGGUGCCGCCACCAAGCCCUAUACGAAGGAAGAGGAGGAGAAAAUGGCCGCCAUUCUGAAGGAAAGGAAAGAAAAGAAAGAGGCCAAGAAGAAGGCCUUGAUGGAGGAGGAGGCGAAAUUGAAAGAGGUAGAAGAAGAGGAGGAAGAUGAUCAACCACUGGAAAGGAGGAGAUGGCAACGGGGGCAGGCCAGUGAAGUUAAGCAGGAUGAAAUGAAGAAGAAAAUUUCGGAAUGGGUUGCCAACUUGUCCCUGGGAGAAGAAGAGGAGGUUGCAAUGUAUAUCCCCAAGGAUGAGCAAGAAGUCGUCGUUAAAGCGUGGGAUGCAAAGGAAGACCCCCUAACGCGGCAGGCGAUGGAGGAUGAGAAGAAGAUGGAGUGGAGGCUAAGGAUGAUGAGGGAAAAGAAAAUAAGAGUAGAGGCGGCAAGUGAGGCGGCCAAAGAAUUGGAGCAAGUCAAGAACCUGAGAGAGCAGAUGACCGCCCAGGUGGAUCUCCAACGAAAGGUGGAGAUCAUUGCCCAGAGUGUUGAGCGCUUAGCCCGGGUACAGGGAGAACAAUAUGAGUUCAGUAGAAGUCAGGAUAUGGUCGUGUGCUCGAUGCGAAUGGGAUUUCGGGACUUUGCCCACGAACUGGUAGGCGCAGUAGGGGCCGAGGUGAACCAUCGCCUCGAGAAGACUGAACGAUUUUGCGUGGGCGCCAUUGAAGGCGUCAAGCUGACAGCCCCUAAAGAGGAAGAGGCACGUCCUCGUAGGGAGGCUGUCAAAGUCAAGCUCCCCGAUUCCUACAAUGGAAAGAGGGAAGAGAAUUUUGAUAAUUGGGAGGCCAACGUCAAGACGUAUGUGCAUUUGCAACAGGUCUCCCCGGAUCAGCACGUUUUGAUUGUUAUCCAUGCGCUUAGAGAUGAGGCUGCCAGUUUUGCAAGGUCCCUAGUCCGCUCUGCCAACUGCAACGACGAUGCACUUGCCUACUCUUCAUUCACCCCCCUCAUAGAUUUCAUGAAGUUGUUGCGCGAGCGAUUUGCUGAUGUCGCCCGCAAUGUCAAAGCCUCUGAUAAGCUCCAGACCAUCCAUUCUCGCCAAUGGAAGAGUGCUAGAGCUCUCAAGGGUGUUAUGGACGAGUGGGUGGCUGUCCCUGACCAUGGGGUCACAGAGACCCAGUUGGUCAACCUCUUCUACAGGGCUAUGCCCGAAUCUCUGAGAGGCCACUUCUUUGCGAAGAGUCAAGAUCCUGCUAUGACGUAUGACGCACUCACCAGGGAAGUGGUAGCCUUUGAAGCAAAGUCCGCGUCAGUAUCCACUUUCUGGCACAAGGACCUGGAUAAAGGUAAAAUGUGGAAGGGCCACACUAUUUCAGGGCAAGUAAAGACCAAGGAUAGCCUCGUUUUUACCUUGGAUGAGGGUAGUGUGGAUGAAAUCCCCUACGAACAGAUCGAAUGGGGAUUAGAGGAUGAGGACAGUGGGCGAUGCAUGAAUGACCUGUUUAGGCCUUGGUUAGAUAGAUUUGUUGUAGUGUAUUUGGAUGACAUCCUAGUGUUUAGUAAGACCCUCAAAGAGCAUCAAGGUCAUCUCCGGCAGGUCUUGGAGAAGCUGAGGGAAGCUAACUUCAAGAUCAACGCAAAGAAGUGUGAAUGGGCGAAGACCCAAGUGUUGUAUCUAGGCCACCUCUUAGACGGAGACGACAUCAAGCCCGAGGAUAGUAAGAUCGCAUCGAUCAGAGAUUGGCCUACACCGCGUACAUUGACAGAGUUGCGGUCGUUCUUAGGCCUAUCAAACUACUAUAGGAAGUUCGUAAGGAACUUCUCCACUAUCGCUACGCCACUUCGCAGACUGCUCAGGAAAGAGACCAUCUGGAAGUGGGACAAGGAAUGCACGUCUGGCAUGAAGAAGUUAAAGCAGGCGCUGAUAGAGUACCCAGUCCUUAAAGUAGCCGAUCCGUCUUUACCUUUCGUCGUCACAACUGACGCGAUCCAGUACAGUAUAGGUGCUAUGCUACAGCAAGACGAUGGUAAUGGGUAUAGGCCCGUAGAGUUCAUGUCUGCUAGAAUGCCUUCAGAGAAGGUCGCGACAUCUACCUAUGAGAGAGAACUCUACGCUCUCAGGCAAGCAUUAGAGCACUGGAAACACUACUUGCUUGGGAGGCACUUCAAAGUGUACUCAGACCACGAAACAUUAAGGUGGUUGAAGACUCAGGCCAAGAUGAAACCUAAGCUGACUAGGUGGGCCGCAAAGUUAGGCCAAUAUGAUUUUGAGCUCAAGCCAGUCAAAGGGAAGUAUAAUGUAGUUGCGGACGCCCUGAGUAGGAGAGUUGACUACUUUGGAGCGAUAGUCUGUGCAGCGGUAGAGGUUCGAUCUGUAGAUCUGUCAAGUAGGAGUCCCAGCUCUGUAGAAGUCCUAGCUACAGGCGCGGUUCCCACCAGCUUCACAAAUCGCCUAGGCAGGGACUUCAUUGCGUACACUGACUGGUUCACUCUGAUGAAGGUCAUAGUCAGUCUCGAGGCGAUAGACCUCGUCUCCACAGAAGGCAGCAAAAAGCCCAUGGGCGGCAGGCAGUUCAAAGGCAGCGGCCGUUUUGCUCUGCAUGACCUGCUGGAGGCUGAAGAGGAGGCCGAUGCAGAUGACCCCACUCUUGGUGACGACCAAGAACGGGAUACUGGCUAUCUCCGCGUGGGCAAGAUGGAGAUCCCACUGCUGGUCGUCACGAACAAUCUUUCAGAGAAUAUCUUCGAGAGUCAUGUUCGUGACCUCGGUCUGACCAUCAGUCUGGGGAUGGUAAGACAAGAAGAAGCGGAGCUGGAUGCCGUAAACCUCAUGGAGUCGUCGUCGGAAUUGGCUGGUAAAGCGCGGGUCACGCGGACCGACGAGAUAGGCCUAUGUUUUCUACGAGCCCCUGCGACGACCGAAUCUUCACCUACGGACUUGUCUUCGGAUCCCCGAGUGGUGCGGCUGCUCAACGAGUUCACCGACAUCUUCGAGUCUCCUACCGGUGUGGUGCCGGAUCGGUCGAUCUCCCACGAGAUCAUUCUUGAGGCCGGUGCCAUGCCGCCGAAAGGAUGCAUCUAUCGCAUGAGCGAGGAAGAGCUUGAGGUUCUCCGCGCUCAACUCGACGAUCUUUUGGACAAGGGCUGGAUCCGCCCUAGCAGCUCACCAUAUGGUGCGCCAGUUCUCUUCGUACGGAAGAAGAACAAGGAUCUUCGCUUGUUCAUCGACUACCGCAAGCUCAACGCACAAACCGUCAAGAAUGCGGGACCGCUUCCGCCGAUUGACGACCUUCUCGAGCGUUUGGGUGCCGCAAAAUUUUUCUCAAAGUUGGACUUGAAGUCGAGCUACCAUCAAAUCUCGAUACGCCCGCAAGAUUGCUACAAAUUCCCGUUCAAGACACGGUACGAGCAUUUUGAAUGGAUCGUUAUGCCUUUUGGCCUCACCAAUGCCCCGACGACCUUUCAAGCGGCAAUGACCAAUGAGUUCUGUGCGAUGCUGGACCGGUUUGUACUAGUCUACUUAGACGACAUCCUCGUCUGUAGCCGGACAUUGCAGGAUCAUCUUGAGCACCUUCGACGAGUGUUGGAGACGCUCCGCCGCGCCAAGUACAAAGCCAACCGCAACAAGGGCGAAUUUGUCCGGCAAGAGCUGGAAUACGUGGGCCAUUUUGUCACACCGGAGGGCAUCAGCCUGUUGUCGGACAAGAUUCAAGCCAUCCAAGAGUAACAGUCAUCUAAUUUGCACUUGGCGUAUUCUUUGUUGUUCGUAGUGGUGGGCGCAGAUGGUCAAGCGUCCGCUCAACAUAACUCCGUGGUCGAGACACAUGGUCGGAGAGCAGGUGCGGGAUCAUCACGCUCCGAUGUGCCGAUGCAUAUCGAUGAAGCAAAUAAUUUUGAUGUUUCGUACGAUCAUUACCUCUAUGAUGAUGAUUCUAAAAUGUAUAAGUACGUCCAAGAUUGUGAACAGUACGAGUAUACCAUGGCAAGGGAGAUGCAUGAUAUGGAACAACGUCGCCAUCAAUCGAAUGUUGUGGUGCGGUAUGGUGUGGUGGGUAAGGUUCCAAAUGAUCAUACCUGGAGGGAAGUAUUUGGUAGGUUCAUUACGGACAACCAAGGACUUCGUUGGACUCAGGAUGAGUUGUUGGAUAUAUUGAAGAAGAAGGAGGUGGAACUGGAUGCAAUUAAGAGUGCGUUGGCUAACAUUGAGCUCAACGCAAAGUCGGUCAUCGAAAAAUUCCUUCAAGAGGAACGAAACGAUGAGGUGAGAGAUUCCUUUGUGCCCGAUACUGUGCAUGUCAAAGAGGAGCCAAAAGUUAAUAUGGACAUGGAGAUGCAGAUUCAUUCUUGGAUGAGGUCGAAGAUUCGAGAUGAUUUAAUUGAUGAGAUUGUUAAGUAUAGCACCCAAGUUCAUCCCCACCUGCUGGAAAAGUGUGAUGGUUUGCGUCGGCGACUUGAAAAGGCGGAAUGUGCAGUGAGGAGAUUGUUGUCUUGUCGUGGCCUGGCGUGGGAAGAUCCAUCUUCUCGGAAUGCAGUCUUCGAUUUUCGAUCGACUGAAAGUUUUGAGGCUCUUCCGAAAAGCGAUCUGAUUGCGAUAUUAUAUUCACUUCGAACUGUUGGUUCUGAGCUGGCUCACAGAAAUGCAAUGUUGGAGGUGCAAAAUGCCAUGCAGUUUCCUGUGAGUGACAAUCAGAUGAGGGCAACGAUGGUCAAUCUUGGCCAAUUGUAUAAGGAGGCACGCGAAGAGUUGAUGGAUGUCGUGUUUGUGGACAAAUUCGGUGACCGCUGGGAUUACCAAUCCAGGUUUUAUUGGGCUCAACGUCACAAUGAGCAGGUGUACCAACUUAGGAAAUUGCUUGGUGACGUCGUGCUAGCUCAUUCACCAAAACAAUUUAUGGAGGAGUUAAGCAAUGUCAAGAAGGAGUUGAAUAUUCUUGCGAGCAUGAAUAAAGAACAUAAAAGAAGACUCAAUGAGACUGUGAUUGUAUUGAUGGAAUCUUUGAAUCGCCAAUGUCCUAGAUGUCGUCGAACAUAUUGGGCACGAUUGGACUUUACAAAGAUAAAUGAACUUUCGGUUGUUAAACCAAAAUGUGAUGGGAAAACAAACAUUUAUCCCGAUGAACAUAGUCAGGUCAAUGAGGACGAUGAAUUUACGAUGGAAGAAAGGAGGAAGUGACUUCGCGAAUUGGCAGAGGGAAAUAAAUAGGGCGGUAUUUCAUGAUUGUUGAAUUCACCAUUAAGAGAAAUAAAAGUAACAACAGUGA